CUAUUGUUGUCAAUACGUUUACUUUUCUACCAACUACUAUACCUACUGUCACAGUUUAUGGAAUAUCUAUCUACUGUGGACAAAAACUGUGAAAAUGGAGAUUUGUAUUCCCUUUUUGUUGGCCUUUAUAGCAUUUUAUGAAGUGGAAGCUGCUAUAGAUUGUGACACCUUGGGUACCAUCAUCUACGAAGACAUCGGCUGUCGACCAGUAACCAAGGAAGGGCAAAAUUGCCCUGUCAAAUAUGAUUGCGACACAGUACCUAGAAAUAACACUUGCAUGUUUAGAGGGAGAACUUUGAGUGUGGGUCAGCAGGUCGACAAUGAUCUUACCUACGAUUCAUGCAAUGUUGGAUGUCAUUGUAGAAACACAGGAAAAUUCGAAUGUGCAGUCCUGGAUUGCCCGGAAUGGUUGGGAAUACAUCCAGGACCGGGAUGUUACAAGACAUACGAUGUUAACAAAUGCUGUUCCGUUGGAAAAAAUUGUCAUUCAGCUAAACAGACCAUUGGCGAAUGCGUAGUAGACAACGAGAAAUAUCUAGAAGGCCAGAAAUUUUAUCCAGACAACACUUGCCUAAAAUGUGUUUGCCCUAAGGAAUUCAAUGGAAAACUGGAGGCUCCCCAUUGUAAAAGAACCCGUUGUUCCAGCCAAAUACGUCAUUCACAGGAUAUCGCUAAUAACUGUGCUCCCUACUACGACACCACCAAGGAUGGAGUGAUUUGUUGUCCAGAUGCAUGGGUUUGUCCAACUCCAACAGACAAGAUCAUCACUGUCAACCCAAAUGCAGACAAAAGUUCAGAUUUGACUUGUAAAUUUGGUGAUAAAACACUCAAACUUGGAGAAGGACUCGAGAGCAAAGUGAACUAUUAUGAUGGAUCAACAAAAAAGGCCAGAUGUGAAUGCAUUCUGCCUCCUCUUUUGACUUGCAGACAAAUCAUUUGAAAUCAAUUAAUACUGCUUUUAUCAAUGGAAUCUGAGAAAUUUUGAUAUAGGUACUGACUAUAUUGAAAUUUCGAUUAUGAAGAUUGAUUUUCAAUAAAAUCGCGAUACGUAUCUAAUGAUGUAAAACAAUCC